AUGGUUUCACAGAUACGGUCUAUCAAAGAACUAGUAGAUGAGGCUCAUGAUUAUGAAUACUCCACUGGUGUCCCUCUAAAGAUCUAUUUAAGAACUGCUGAGAACUUAAGCAGGCAUAAUCCACAAUUGAAAAAAGGUUCUGAUAUUCAUAAAAAUUAUUUAAAAUUAUUAUCUUCAAAAGCUCCAGAAGCUUUAAAUAAUGCUGAAGAGAUAAAAUCCAAAAUAAUUAAAGAAAUUGAAAAAAUUGAACAUUAUUCCAAAUUAAAAUUUGAACAAGAUCGAAUUAAUAAACUAAAACAACAAUUAACUAAACCAACACCUAAACCAGAAGCGCCUAGACCUUUAGUUCAACCACAACCAACAAGACCUGAAUCUCCAUUAGACUUGGAAUUUGAUGAAGAAAAAUUUGCACAAAAAUUAAAACAAUUCCAUGGUUAUUCAAAUGAUCAACAAGAAUCAAGUUCAUUAUUAUCAAACACAUCUUAUCCAACUUUAGAACAUCAUUAUAAUUCACAACCACAAUUUUAUACAGCUCCACAAACCCUAGCACCAAAGACUCCACCUCCAAAAAUUCCAUUAAUUGAAGAUCAACCAAUAGAACCUUCAACAAUACAAGAUAUAAUAAAACAACCACAACAUAAAUCAAUAGCAUCAACCGAGGGAAACAAACCAUUAAAGACAAUAUACCUACCAUCACAACUCCCCCUUAAGUUCUUAAAAAUCUCACAAGGAAACACUUCCAAAAACUUAGAAACUUGUGGUAUAUUAUGUGGUUCAUUAUCAUUAAAUGCAUUCUUUAUAACAACUCUCCUUAUCCCCCAACAAAAAUCAACAUCAAAUACAUGUGAAACUCUGAAUGAAGAAGACAUAUUCACAACUUUAGAUUCAAAAGAUCUUUUCAUACUUGGUUGGAUUCAUACUCAUCCAACUCAAUCAUGUUUCCUUUCCUCUGUGGAUUUACAUACUCAAAAUUCUUAUCAAAUAAUGUUACCCGAGGCAAUUGCCAUAGUUUGUGCUGUUAAAUUUGGUGAAAUGGGUCAAUUUAGAUUAACUGAUCCACCGGGCAUUGGAAUUAUAACAAAAUGUCAAAAAUCUGGGUUUCAUCCUCAUGAUGAAUCAAAUAUUUAUAAACAUUGUGAAAGAAAAUUUGGUGGUCAUGUUGUUGUUAAUGAUACUUUACCUUUUGAUGUUAUUGAUCUAAGAAAGUAA